AUGAUCAAACACAAGCACCAACUUAGAAGUGUUUACUGGAAUUCACCAACUGAAUUCAAGAACAAUGAAUUUAUUGACCUCUUGCUUGAAGGACCUCAAGAGAUGAGGAUGACGGCCGCCUGCGUUGGUGAGACCAGCACCCAGAUGCAUGCUUUACUCUCCUCCAGAGACACCGUCACAGCUGCUCCAGAAGCAGUGCCUCACCAGCCCUCUGGCAUCUUCAGGCCAGCCACACUUACGCAUGAAGUCAACCAUCCCAACGAGAAACAGAAGUUCUGA